GGAGAGGCCACAACAGUGAGAGGCUCGCGUACCGAAAAAAAAAAAAAAAAAAAAAGAUGCCUUUGAGCCCUGAGCGACUUCAUCACACCUACAUGAGGUCACAAGCAGUCACUAGUGCCGAGGGACAGGUCGAAGGUGAGGCGAGUUCUGAGUGAAGGAAGCAGGGCCGGGCUGAGGCCAAGAAGAGGUUGGGCUGUGUCCUGCAUCCUGACACAGAGGAUUUUCUAACAGCCUUCAUCUCAUCCGAAAUGACUGCAACCCAUUGUUACUGCUCUUCGGAAUUUCUCCAGAGAGAGUUCCUCACCUCAUUCCUUACAAACCCACACUGUGGCAGCCUCAUUAAUGCAGAUGGCCAUGCUGAAGUGUGGACAGAUUGGAAUGAUAUGUCCAAGUUUUUCCAGUAUGGAUGGAGAUGUACCACUAAUGAAGAUGCCUAUUCAAACCGUACCCUCAUGGGCAACUGGAACCAGGAGAGAUAUGACCUAAAGAAUAUCGUGCAGCCCAAACCCUUGCCUUCGCAGUUUGGACACUAUUUUGAAACGACAUAUGAUACAAGCUACAACAAAAAAAUACCACUUUCAACCCAUAGGUUUAAGCGAGAGCCUCACUGGUUCCCAGGACAUCAACCUGAGCUGGUUCCUCCUCCAUACAAAUGCACAGAAAAGUCAACUUACAUGAGUAGCUAUUCAGAGCCUCAAAUUGAGCAUCACUCUGUGUGUGUGUGGAAUCCUAAUAACUGCCAAUUUCAGAGUCCAUGAUUCUAAGAAAGAAUAAGGUUCAUUCUUCCAGUGUAGAGUGUAGGAAGGAGCACAUUCUAAGAACAACUAAGAAUUUAGCUGACUGUAGCAAUUUUACUCUCUGAAUAAAUAAAGCACAAAAAAAUAUUCUCUAUUCCUUUUUUUUAAACCAAAAUUUAAAUGUCAAAUUUAAGUUAAUUAUUUCUACUCUUAGGUCUACAUUACGGGUGUUGUAGGAAGGCAUUAAAAAGAAUUAUUUCUCUCAAAUCUACAGCCACUCUGCUUUUCCCUGCCUUUCAUCAGGGGCGGAACUGCAGAAUCCAUCAUGACUUAGGAUACAUUUGGCUAGAUGCUUUCUAGAUGUGAGCCUGGUAGUCAUGGUCAGAUAGUUUACAUUUACUGUGACCUUAAUGAAUAUAUCCCCUCUUAAGGACUAGAAAAAGAAAAAUAACUGUUUUUAUUAUUAUAGAAGAUUUAAAACAUACAAAAGUAGACAGAAUAGUAUAAAAAACUCCCAUGUACCAUUACCUACCUUCAACAAUGGUUAUAACCAAUCUUAUCUAUCCCUAUCUACUUUCUCUAUUUUUAAAUUUUUCUCAGAAAUUAUAUCAUUUCAUCUAUAAAUAGUUCAGUUUAUAUCUAAAAAAGAUAAGGACUGUCCAUUUUUUACUCCCCCACAAAAGUCACCGAAGAAAACUUGAUCAAACAAAACGGAGUUAUUUAUUAAGCCUUUGGCAAGGAAGAACCUCAACUUGACACAGUCUUGAUAAUGAUUGAAAAGGGUGAUGUUAGGGUAGGGUAUUUUUAGGAAUUUGGGGUGACUCAGCUGCUUUAAGAUGGGUCUUGCAUUGUGGGGAACUGGCAGCGAUUGAGAAAAUGUGAAUAGUUUAGGGUUGGUGAACACUGGGAGACAAUAGUCUUAACAUGGCUAAACAUCAGUAUUUUCCAAUUUUUUUGCUCUCCUGUUUAAGAUAACAGUAUAAUAUUUGGGAGAUAUCUCCCAUAUAUUACCUCCCAAACCUUCAUUAUUUUAUGUUACGGGUAUAAAUAUGGAAUUUAUGUUAUAUAUGGUGUUAGGUACUGACAAAGUUUUAUUUUUUUUCUGUAUGGCUAUCCAGUUGUCCCCAUAUUAGUUAUUAAAAAGACCAUACUUGC